AUGGGACCAUAUGCGAUACUUGGCAAAGUUGGUGCCGUGGCGUAUCAUUUGGCACUUCCACCAGAAUUAUCCUCUGUUCAUCAUGUAUUUCAUGUAUCUAUGUUGCGAAUGUACAUUUCAUACCCUUCUCAUGUGCUUCAAAAUUCGAAUCUUCAAUUAUAUGAGAAUUUGACUUAUGAAGAGGAGCCAACAAUUAUUAUCGAUAGACAAGUGAGAAGGCUUCGAUCGAAAGACCUUAUGACUGUGAAAGUUGUAUGGAAGAAUCAUCCUAGUGAGGAGGCGACAUGGAAAGACGAGAAAGUGAUGCAAACCAAAUAUCCUCAUUUGUUUGAAUCUGCAGUCGCUCCUGAAUCAACGUUACCUUUUCCAAGACAUCCUUCACCAAAUCUGUACCAUAUAACUUAG